GGUACGUCUUGAAGCUCUCCUCAGUUUUCCUAACUUUUUUUUUCCACGCUUGCCUUUCACUCAUCGUCAAUAAUAUUAUUUGUUCCCUUCCAAGACUGGAACGAUUCUUCUUCAUUCGAAAGAAUCUUACUCUACCUUGUUCACUCCUCCACCUUUUUACCAUCGUACCUAACCUUAGAAGCUAGCAUAGCCUACGAGGGUCGCCCAUCCGCCCCGUGUCGUUGAGAGGCCUCUCUGCCUCGAAUUCCAUUCUAUCCACCACCAGGAUUACAACGACGGCUAGCUCCCCUUAGGAACGGAGCACCACUACGAACCGGUCAAGAUGACAACCAUGGACCUCCGCGUCGGUAAUAAAUACCGCAUCGGGCGGAAGAUCGGUUCGGGCUCAUUCGGCGACAUCUACCUCGGCACUAACAUCAUCUCGGGCGAAGAAAUCGCCAUCAAACUCGAAAGCGUCAAGGCUAAACACCCCCAGCUUGAAUAUGAGGCUAGGGUAUACAAGUCCUUGGCCGGUGGUGUCGGCAUUCCUUUCGUUCGUUGGUUCGGCACUGAGUGCGACUACAAUGCCAUGGUCCUUGACCUGCUCGGCCCCAGCUUGGAAGAUCUCUUCAACUUCUGCAAUCGCAAGUUCUCUCUGAAGACGGUUCUUCUCCUCGCCGACCAGCUUAUCUCCCGCAUCGAGUACAUCCACGCGAAGUCCUUCAUCCACCGCGAUAUUAAGCCCGACAACUUCCUUAUGGGCAUUGGGAAGCGCGGCAAUCAGGUCAACGUGAUCGAUUUUGGCCUGGCCAAGAAGUACCGCGACCCCAAGACUCAUUUCCAUAUUCCCUACAGAGAGAACAAGAACCUCACCGGUACCGCUCGUUAUGCCUCGAUCAACACGCAUCUUGGUGUCGAACAAUCUCGACGUGACGAUAUGGAGUCUCUCGGCUACGUCAUGCUCUACUUCUGCCGUGGCUCUCUUCCCUGGCAGGGACUCAAGGCCGCGACCAAGAAACAGAAGUACGACCGCAUCAUGGAGAAGAAGAUGACGACCCCCACUGAAGUUCUCUGCCGCGGCUUCCCCAACGAGUUCGCCAUUUACCUCAACUACACUCGCUCUCUACGGUUCGACGACAAGCCCGACUACAGCUACCUACGCAAGAUCUUCCGCGAUUUGUUUGUCCGCGAGGGAUUCCAAUACGAUUACGUCUUCGACUGGACCGUGUACAAGUACCAGAAGAACGCUCAGGCGAUUGCCCAGGCCGCGGGCAACCAGGAGGAUGAAGAGAAGGCUCGCGCUACUCGGGCCAAUGCUGGUACUACUGGUCAGCCCAACCCUCUUGCUGGCGGAGUGAAGCCUAACGCCGUUUCCAGCUCGCGCCGCAAAGUGAUCGAACCUAGUUCUGGUAUCGGUAUCGACCCGGAUACCAAUCGUGCAGUCGGUGGAAGCGACAGGAUGCUACGAUCAGCCUCGAAAGCCGCCGGUACCGGAUACGGGUCUUACCGAGCAAGAUGAUCGACGCCCACUUGUCGGAGUACAGCUAGACCAUUGUUCCCCCCUCUCGCCCAAAUGGCAACGGGCCUCGAGGUUUGGCUUUGUCUGAGAGCUAUCCGCCCAUCCCUGGCUCUGCUGCCUCGCGAACCG